CCAUGUUCUGAGUGUAUGAAAUGUUUUGCACAGAAAUCAGCUCUUGUUAUACAUCAGAGAAGUCACACAGGUGAGAAGCCAUAUUCCUGUUCUGAGUGUGGGAAAUGUUUUGCACAUAGCUCACAUUUUGUUAUUCAUCAGCAUGCUCACACAGGUGAGAUGCCAUUUUCCUGUUCUGAGUGUGGGAAAUGUUUUCCACGGAAAUCACAUCUUGUUAAUCAUCAGAGAAGUCACACAGGUGAGAAGCCAUAUUCCUGUUCUGAGUGUGGGAAAUGUUUUGCACUGAAAUCAAAUCUUGUCACACAUCAGAGAAGUCACACAGGUGAGAAGCCAUAUUCCUGUUUUGAGUGUAGGAAAUGUUUCACACAUAAAUCAGCUCUUGUUACACAUCAGAGAAGUCAUACAGGUGAGAAGCCGUAUUCCUGUUCUGCGUGUAAGAAAUGUUUUGCACGGAAAUCACAUCUUGUUUUACAUCAGAGAAGUCACACAGGUGAGAAGCCAUAUUCCUGUUCUGAGUGUGGGAAAUGUUUUGCACAGAAAUCAAAUCUUGUCACACAUCAGAGUAGUCACACAGGUGAGAAGCCAUAUUCCUGUUUUGAGUGUAGGAAAUGUUUCACACAGAAAUCAGCUCUUGUUAUACAUCAGAGAAGUCACACAGGUGAGAAGCCAUUUUCCUGUUCUGAGUGUGGGAAAUGUUUUGUACGGAAAUUAAAUCUUGUUUUACAUCAGAGAAGUCACGCAGGUGAGAAGCCAUUUUCCUGUUCUGAGUGUGGGAAAUGUUUUGUACGGAAAUCAAAUCUUGUUUUACAUCAGAGAAGUCACACAGGUGAGAAGCCAUUUUACUGUUCUGAGUGUGGGAAAUGUUUUGCACAGAAAUCACAUCUUGUUUUACAUCAGAGAAGUCACACAGGUGAGAAGCCAUUUUCCUGUUCUGAGUGUGGGAAAUGUUUUGUACGGAAAUCAGAUCUUGUUUUACAUCAGAGAAGUCACACAGGUGAGAAGCCAUUUUCCUGUUCUGAGUGUGGGAAAUGUUUUGUACGGAAAUCAGAUCUUGUUUUACAUCAGAGAAGUCACACAGGUGAGAAGCCAUUUUCCUGUUCUGAGUGUGGGAAAUGUUUUGUACGGAAAUCAGAUCUUGUCACACAUCAGAGAAGUCACACAGGUGAGAAGCCAUAUUCCUGUUUUGAGUGUAGGAAAUGUUUCACACAGAAAUUAGCUCUUGUUAUACAUCAGAGAAGUCACACAGGUGAGAAGCCAUUUUCCUGUUCUGAGUGUGGGAAAUGUUUUGUACGGAAAUCAGAUCUUGUUUUACAUCGGAGAAGUCACACAGGUGAGAAGCCAUUUUCCUGUUUUGAGUGUAGGAAAUGUUUCACACAUAAAUCAGCUCUUGUUACACAUCAGAGAAGUCAUACAGGUGAGAAGCCGUAUUCCUGUUCUGCGUGUAAGAAAUGUUUUGCACGGAAAUCACAUCUUGUUUUACAUCAGAGAAGUCACACAGGUGAGAAGCCAUAUUCCUGUUCUGAGUGUGGGAAAUGUUUUGCACAGAAAUCAAAUCUUGUCACACAUCAGAGUAGUCACACAGGUGAGAAGCCAUAUUCCUGUUUUGAGUGUAGGAAAUGUUUCACACAGAAAUCAGCUCUUGUUAUACAUCAGAGAAGUCACACAGGUGAGAAGCCAUUUUCCUGUUCUGAGUGUGGGAAAUGUUUUGUACGGAAAUCAAAUCUUGUUUUACAUCAGAGAAGUCACACAGGUGAGAAGCCAUUUUACUGUUCUGAGUGUGGGAAAUGUUUUGUACGGAAAUCAAAUCUUGUUUUACAUCAGAGAAGUCACACAGGUGAGAAGCCAUUUUACUGUUCUGAGUGUGGGAAAUGUUUUGCACAGAAAUCACAUCUUGUUUUACAUCAGAGAAGUCACACAGGUGAGAAGCCAUUUUCCUGUUCUGAGUGUGGGAAAUGUUUUGUACGGAAAUCAGAUCUUGUUUUACAUCAGAGAAGUCACACAGGUGAGAAGCCAUUUUCCUGUUCUGAGUGUGGGAAAUGUUUUGUACGGAAAUCAGAUCUUGUUUUACAUCAGAGAAGUCACACAGGUGAGAAGCCAUUUUCCUGUUCUGAGUGUGGGAAAUGUUUUGUACGGAAAUCAGAUCUUGUCACACAUCAGAGAAGUCACACAGGUGAGAAGCCAUAUUCCUGUUUUGAGUGUAGGAAAUGUUUCACACAGAAAUUAGCUCUUGUUAUACAUCAGAGAAGUCACACAGGUGAGAAGCCAUUUUCCUGUUCUGAGUGUGGGAAAUGUUUUGUACGGAAAUCAGAUCUUGUUUUACAUCGGAGAAGUCACACAGGUGAGAAGCCAUUUUCCUGUUCUGAGUGUGGGAAAUGUUUUGUACGGAAAUCAGAUCUUGUCACACAUCAGAGAAGUCACACAGGUGAGAAGCCAUUUUCAUGCUGUGAGAGAAAUAAAUCCGCUCUUGUUGAACAUAUUAGACAUUACCCAAGUACGGAACCAUUUCCAUCUUCUGGAGUAUAAUUAUCACUGUCGUCCAAUGUUCCUCAAGGGUGAAUCCUAUCUCUUAUGCUUUAUAAAAUAUACAUGCUACCACUGGGUGAUAUAAUCAGACGUCAUGGCCUGGUCUACCACUGCUAUGCUGAUUACCUGCUUUUUGCUCCAUGUACUGAGAACCAAAUACCAAUCCUAGCUGAGCGCCAGGGGUGGAUGAUGCCAGUUGGCUGUGACUCAGUCUUUGUGAAACAUAGUAGAAGCUUCCCAACAAAGGACAAGACUACAGCUUUACCAACCAUCUGGAUUUAUGCUUUGGUGUUCAGAAUUGCAAAAUACUGAACAUGUGCUGAAUCUUUGUGUUGUCCUGGUAUGUGGCUGACACAGACAUCAGGUAUCCACCACAUACAAAUCCACAUUCUUCCAUCUGUGGACCAUAGACAGAAUCAAGCACUUCAUUCCCUCAGAAGUUCAUAGACUACUGCAAUGCCAUCUACCUGGGUCACCCAGCAAAAGAAUUACAGAGCUUGCAGCUAGUACAGAAUGCAGCAGCCAAGCUGUUACCUAACCCGCCCGUUCCUGCCACAUAACACCCAUUCUCUACUCCCUUCACCGGCUGCCUGUAAGAUGGAAAAUCUAUUUCAUAAUUGGCUAACUGAC